AAAAAAAAAGACACUUGUGUUACUUAUAAACCCCUGCUUCCAAACCCCGAGGAGGGAAAAAAAAGACACCCAUAACUCUCUGAGAAUUCGGAGGGAGAAAGAGGCUUUAAUUCGAACGCUAUUGCCUCCUCUCUCGAACCCUUCAACACAGUGGCAUCACGCCAAAGCCCAACCGCCGGAGAUCGAAUCCUUCGUUUUGGUAUCUCACUUCGAUCGCGCCUACCCUCUGAGGGGGAGGAUUGUGAGAUGCUCCUGAGGUUCUCAGUUCGGUUUUGUUCAGAUGUGGGCGUGAGAUCGGAAGUGCGGGUGCGUAGUGCGCGCCUGGUGGUUGCUGAUUGAGAUUUUUGCUAGGUUUUGGGAAGUUGGCGGCUUUGGGACUGAUCGGGGUUCUGGACCUAGAGGUUUCCCCAUGGCAUCAGUUACUUAUAUUGAUGAUAGCCAUGCGGAGGUUACUGAUCCUACAAAGAAUGAGAUGUUGGAUGUCACUGAACUUGUUGGUGAUCUUAUCCAGCAUUCACCAGAACCAAAUGUGACAAGCUAUGGCAAUGUGCGUGAGCUACUGGAAUGCCCUGUGUGUUUGAGUGCCAUGUAUCCUCCAAUUCAUCAGUGCUCCAACGGACAUACUCUGUGUUCUGGAUGCAAGCCAAGGGUUCAUAAUCGCUGCCCAACAUGCAGGCAUGAACUGGGUAACAUAAGAUGUCUUGCUCUGGAGAAGGUGGCUGCAUCGCUAGAACUUCCAUGCAAGUACCAGAACUUUGGGUGCUUGGGCAUAUACCCUUACUAUUGCAAGCUGAAACAUGAAUCACAAUGCCAAUACAGACCCUAUACCUGUCCGUAUGCUGGAUCUGACUGCACAGUUACUGGUGACAUUCCAUAUUUAGUAAAUCACUUGAAAGAUGACCAUAAGGUUGACAUGCACAAUGGAAGCACUUUCAAUCAUCGUUAUGUCAAAUCAAAUCCUCAUGAAGUUGAGAAUGCCACCUGGAUGCUCACGGUUUUCAGCUGCUUUGGCCAGUACUUCUGUCUGCACUUCGAGGCAUUCCAGUUGGGCAUGGCACCUGUCUACAUUGCCUUCCUCCGGUUCAUGGGAGACGACGCUGAUGCUAAGAAGUACAGCUACAGUCUCGAGGUUGGAGGCAGUGGUCGUAAGAUGACAUGGCAAGGCGUCCCUCGAAGCAUCAGAGACAGCCACAGGAAAGUUCGGGACAGCUACGACGGACUCAUCAUCCAGCGGAACAUGGCCUUGUUCUUCUCCGGUGGCGACAGGAAGGAGCUCAAACUGCGGGUCACUGGGAGAAUCUGGAAGGAGCAGUGAAUUGCAGCAGCCAAAUGCAUCUGUUCCUCUUGGCAGCCAUGAAGCAUGGAUCCAUGAUGAAUCAGAACUUAUGCGUAUGCGAAUUGAUGCUAGAAACUAGGACUUGUAAUCCUGUAGACUGUCUUAGCUGGUAGUUAAAAUUUGUUAUUUAUGGAUGGUUAUCUCGUGGCACUGUUGUAGAACCAAAUUAAGGCAAAUCUCUCUUUGCUUUGAACCUCUGAAGAGUCAAGAGUUGACCAUAGCGCCGCUGUAGGCGAAUCUUGACGGCGACUCGUGAAAUGUAAGUGAUGUAGCUCGGCUCC